UCGGUUGCAAUGGAAAUCAAUUGACCAGUCCUUAUCGAAGGGAUGAAGAUGACGUUACUCUCUCACCACUCUCUUCCCUCUACACGUACACAUAUUAUAUUUAUAGUUUUUUACUAACGACCGUUUAAGCAAGGCACUGGCACGCACUACUUAUACACAAGAUUCACACUUGAUAUAUUUCUACCGAUACCCAGAUCGAUCGAUCCAUUGAUUCAUCUUCGAAAACAGAGAAUCAACAAUGGAGUUCUUUUACUACUUUGUUUUCGGUGGAUUUGGAGCGAUUGUUCUUGCAUUGGAGCUCAGCAAGACAAGCAAAGAUCGCAUCAAUACUUCCUCUGCUUUCAAUUCAUUCAAGAACAAUUAUCUUGUUGUUUACUCUCUUAUGAUGGCUGGUGAUUGGUUGCAGGGGCCGUAUGUGUAUUAUCUUUACAGUGUGUAUGGAUUCACAAAAGGAGAGAUUGGACAGCUUUUUAUAGCUGGGUUUGGAUCUUCAAUGCUAUUUGGAACAAUUGUUGGAUCUCUAGCUGAUAAACAGGGAAGGAAGAGGGCAAGUAUUACUUACUGCAUUACUUACAUACUAAGCUGCAUCACUAAGCAUUCUCCUCAAUAUAAGGUCUUAAUGGUUGGCCGAGUUUUGGGAGGAAUCGCCACUUCUCUAUUGUUUUCCGCAUUCGAAUCGUGGCUAGUUGCUGAACACAACAAGAGAGGUUAUGAUCAACAAUGGCUGUCAGUGACAUUCUCAAAGGCAAUAUUUCUUGGCAAUGGGUUGGUUGCAAUUUUGGCUGGUUUGUUUGGGAAUCUCCUUGUUGAGACAUUAACCCUUGGACCCGUUGCUCCCUUUGAUGCGGCUGCCUGUUUUCUUGCUGUUGGGAUGGCAAUUAUCAUGUCAUCUUGGACUGAGAAUUAUGGCGACCCUUCUGAAAACAAGGACCUUCUUACACAAUUCAAGGACGCCGCAGUCAUCAUUGCCUCAGAUGGAAAAAUCGCAUUGCUCGGUGCCAUCCAAUCAUUAUUCGAAGGUUCAAUGUACACGUUUGUAUUCCUAUGGACCCCGGCUCUUAGUCCAAACGGAGAAGACAUUCCUCAUGGUUUUAUUUUUGCUACUUUCAUGAUGGCUUCGAUGUUGGGAAGCUCAACCGCAUCCAGAUUGAUGACUCCUUCAUCGACUCUCAGAGUCGAGAGCUAUAUGCAGUUCGUGUUCGGUAUUGCAUCUGUGGCUCUCUUUAUUCCUGUCUUAACAAGUUUCUUGUUACCAUCUACGGGUGUGAAAGGUGGUAGCAUAACGUUCUCAGGGUCGGUCCAGCUUAUUGGAUUCUGCGUUUUCGAGGCAUGUGUGGGGAUAUUCUGGCCGUCAAUCAUGAAGAUGAGAUCUCAAUAUAUUCCCGAAGAGGCUCGAAGCACGAUCAUGAACUUCUUCCGAAUACCUCUCAACAUCUUCGUGUGUGUCGUGCUAUACAACGUUGAUGCCUUCCCGAUUAUGUUCAUGUUCGGGAUGUGUUCGUUCUUCCUUCUAGUCGCGUGUAUAUUGCAGAAGCGUUUGAUGGUGAUUUCCGAAAUUCAAAAGCCAAAGCCUCAAGAAUGGAGGGAGACCAAUCUAGGAGAGGACGAACCGUUUAACCCAUAAACUACGGGUAUGUCAUGAUGGCGACAACAACAACGAAGAAACACGUUUUUCGGGAAAAUGGCAAAUAAAUUGUAGAAUCAUAUGAUUUAUUUAAUUUAUCCAUCUGUGUUAAGAGGGUAAAGAUUUAAAUGGAGCAAUUGUAUUGGAUUAAUAUUGAAACUUUGCUUAUUAGGGUUUGAGACAUUAUUAUUAGUAUAGGCUUUAGUUUCUGAAAUCUAUUCUGUUUUUUAUUUUAUAUUCUUAAUUUUGGGUAACUAAUAGACAAGGCUGAACAAUCUUCUGUUAUUCUUCUAAGGAAAUAUAGUUUUAUU